AUGGCGUCAGAUUUGGGUCCAAAGGCGCAACUCAACGCUCCAACCGAGAGCCGGUCUGGUCUUCGUCACGAAAUCGAAGGCCUGUGCCAUCACGAUCACGAACAUGAAAGUCACAAGUUCCGCCAUCACGACAACACCAAUGAAGAAAACAUCUCGAUUCCUUCAAACUCCAAACAUGCCGAGCAGGCUAUCGCGCCCUUCCUGGCCAAGCACAUCCCGACCCAAUACAACCCUGUUGGCCACUUGAUACCCCAGUCCACCUCUACCGACCUCAAUCACGAUCACCACCAAGACCCUUCAAGCACAAAGUUCUGUUAUCGCCAUCGUCCUGAUCUCAAGUGCAGGCGUCAAGCCAACGAGCCUUCCAUGGAGCAACUUCAGAAUGAACUCGGCACCGUUUCUCAGUCCGACCAGCAAGCCAUCUCCCAUGUCUGGUCCCUCUUCUCCGCCGCUCCUUCCAAACACCGCAAUCUCAUGCUCCAGGGCAUCCUCUCACAAUGCUGUUUCCCUCAGCUCUCCUACAUUUCCGCUUCCGUCCGCGACUUGAUCAAAAUCGACUUUCUCUCUGCCCUGCCUCCGGAGCUUGGUUUCAGAAUUCUAUGUUUCCUCGACACCACUUCACUAUGCAAGGCUGCUCAAGUCAGUCGCCGGUGGAGAAGCCUAGCCGACGAUGACGUCGUUUGGCACAGAAUGUGUGAGCAACACAUUGACCGAAAAUGCACAAAAUGCGGCUGGGGCCUACCUCUACUCGAGCGCAAGCGGUUGAGAAUUGAAAAGAGACAGAUACAGCUUCGUGCCAUUUCAAGAGGCAACAAUGAAUGGUCGCCGGCAAUUACCCCGCUCGCUGAGGCCCCAGCCUUUGUCAACAGCACUACAACCACGCCAAAUACUCAGGCUCUUGCCAUUGUAGGUGAGAAGCGCAAGUUUGAAGACGAGCAAGAUCCACCGCAGAAGAAGCUGUGUACACCAGCACCGGGCGAAGAGGAGGUCAACUCAUAUUUCCAACCACAAACAAGAAGGCCUUGGAAAGACGUGUAUAAGGAUCGCUUCAAGGUCGGCACCAACUGGAAAUACGGCCGAUGCUCGACAAAGAUCUUCAGAGGUCAUACUAACGGUGUGAUGUGUCUGCAAUUCGACGAGAACGUCCUCAUCACCGGCUCCUACGACUGUACAGUAAAAGUAUGGGACAUCAAGACAGGAAAAGAGCUGAGGACGCUCGAAGGCCACACAUCAGGCAUUCGCACGUUGCAGUUUGACGAUCAGAAGCUCAUAACCGGAUCUAUGGACAACACGACAAAGGUCUGGGAUUGGCGUACUGGAAAAUGCCUGCGGACUUUCCAAGCUCACACUGGUGGUGUCAUAUGCGUCAACUUUGAUACCGGCUACAUCGCUUCAGGUUCAAUGGAUCAUACUAUUCGAGUCUACGACACUCGAAAUAAAGCAUCUUAUCUGCUCAAGGGCCACACGGACUGGGUAAACGCGGUAAAGCUUGACGUGGUUUCGCGCACAUUAUUAUCUGCCUCGGAUGACUGUACCGUUCGUUUAUGGGACCUGGAUACGCGCAGGUGUAUCAAGGUUUUCGAAGGACAUGUUGGCCAAGUGCAGCAGCUUGUAGCUCUUCCGCCAGAGUUUGAGCUUGACGAAGCCGAUCUGCUUUCUGGAGAAAAUGAGGACGACACAUCAUCUACUUCUUCUGGACCUUCGCCUGCUCACAAACAUUCACAUCACCCGGCAACUGCAUCUCCUGAAAGUGUCGUUCCGUUCUGGCCUGACGAGCCUGAUCGCCCAGCACCUCCCCGAUACAUGCUUACAGGUGCCCUGGACAGCACGAUCCGUCUAUGGGACGUGCACGCGCCGGCUCCGCCUACCACCAACGCAUGCUUACGCACCUACUUCGGACACGUCGAAGGCAUUUGGGCACUUGCAGCAGACCAUCUGCGUAUGGUGUCUGGAUCAGAAGACCGUACAGUAAAGAUUUGGGAUCCUCGCAGUGGAAAGUGCGAGAGAACGUGGACCGGGCACGCUGGGCCUGUGACAUGCAUCGGACUCAGCGACAGUCGACUUGUCUCUGGGAGUGAAGAUUGUGAAGUGCGCAUGCUGUUAUUCAAUACUGGAGAAGGAGGUGAAGGUUGCGAAGAACAAUGA